UGAGCUUUUAUUUUUCGUGCGUCGGGCGUCCUCUGGUUCCCAAUCUCCGCCUUCGGCUCCAGUCACAGCCGACGCGUCUCUCCCGGUGUUCCGGCCGAUGUGACUGCACUGGCCCGGUAUAUCCCCGGCUCAUCUGCCAAAACCUGGGAGACUGCUGCCGCGCGUCGCGCGAGCUCCGCAGAGCACCGCAGACAUGGAGUCCCUGACCCUGAAGCCAGCGAGCGCCAUCGACACGAUCCUGGCCCUCAGGGACCCGCGAACCAAGAACUGGAUUACGCUACAGAACCCCAUGUACAUCGCGGCCCUGCUGGGCACGUACUUGUACGUGGCCAAGUCCUUCGGGCCGCGAUACAUGAAGAACAAGCAGCCGUACUCCGUAAAGCGGACCGUGAUGGCGUACAACCUGUUCCAGGUGCUUGCCAAUGUGUAUUUCCUGUGGCGAAUCUUCUAUCACUCCUUCUGGGCCGCCGGCUACAGCGCCUACUGCCAAGGUCUCACCUACAGCGCUGACCCGCACGCGUUGAGCCUGCUCGACUCUCUUUACUGGUACCUGUGGGUGCGCGUGGCCGACUUCAUGGACACUGUGUUCUUCAUCAUGAAAAAGAAGUUCUCGCACAUAAGCGUCCUCCACGUGGUGCACCACACCAUCGUCGUGUUCAGCGGCUGGAUGUUCAUGCAGUUCGGCGCCGACGGACAGGUGGUUCUCGGCGUCUGCGUUAACUCGUUCGUGCACAUCAUCAUGUACACGUACUACUUCCUUGCCUGCCUCGGGCCGUCGGUGCAGAAGUACCUGUGGUGGAAGCGAUACCUGACCAGGCUACAAAUCGGGCAGUUCGUACUGCUCAUCGCGCACGCGUUUAUCCCCAUCUUCGUGGACUGCGGCUAUCCUCCCAUUCUGCUCUACAUCGCUAUCCCACAGGUCGCACUGGUUCUCGGAUUGUUCAUCAAUUUCUAUAUCCAGGCGUACAACAGCCGGAAGACAGCGGCCGCUGAGAAGGCAGCGAACGGACAUUCGAAGCACCCUGAAGAGAACUCGUCGUCGGCCGUUUCCACCGAUGAAACUGCCAAUGGAACUGCUAACAAAACAGCUAGCAGAACUGCCAAUGACACUGCGAAAAAAAUAGCCUGACGAAGAUGCGUGUCAGGGUUUAUAAUUUAGAAACUCGAAAUUCCGAGCGAGAACUGCCAACGAGAUGUUUGCCGUUUGUGGGACUGUUCCUUGCAAACGUUGUUCGUUGAUGAGCGAGGGUCGCUACAGAUAUUAUUUUCGGCAUAAUUUACAGGGUUGUUGCUCACUUAGUGUCAGAACGAACUGGAUGACCGACUGUGAAAAAGUAAUGAUGUCGCACGGCUUAUGGCUAAACGUUCCAUAUGACGGUUUCCGUAUGACGGUUUCCCACUGGCGAACGCUGCGUCAAUGAAAGCACAUCUAUGAAUGUCGUGUUGGGCUUCUCAACUCUAAGAGGCCGUCUGUGAAAGCUUACCAGAAGCAUUCUUCUUUUAUGGGCUUCUGCGGCAGUUGUCAUAGUUCCUUGCGUGAUAAUAUCUACUACACAAAUAGCCGAAUGAUAGUCAUGUUCAAUUGCUUGCGGAAGGCUUAAAAUAUUGGCCUGUGAAAAUUUAUCUGUGGAGGCUAAAACGAGAAAACUGGGCGUGCAGUGUCGAUCAAUGAGCUUAGGACAGUCAGUCACUUUGAUUUGAUAAUAAAUGGGAAAAUAUGCUCCAUUAGUUUAGGAAAUACAGUCCAAUAUAUUCUUUGUUGCGUCAGUUCGCGAUCCAGAGGUUGCAAUGUGCCUGCGGCUUUGUGUGAAUUGUUUUACGUAAUGCAAUGCUAGAAUAGUGCAAUUCAGACAGAAAAUAUUAAAUCUAUGUCGUUGUGUUAGCGCUGGCUCACCAUCAAAAUAAUGUCUCAGGCUUUCGCUGUCAGUUUCCUAACUCGAAAUAAGAUGCCUAAGCAUGAUACUUAUGUUUUUUAGAGUGUACUUGACACUGUCAUUACGGGCGUCCGUUCACCCACAAAGGUGUUCGCCCUCUCCCAUGCAUUAAUCUACGCAUCGCUGAAACAAUUCUCCAAAAGCACGUUAUGUAAUUUCCUCAUCAGUGCAGCUUGGUCACUGACAUUGUUCACUUAUGGAGUGGAGACAGUGCAGUAAAGCAUGUUCUAUAGUCAGAGAGCGAACAAAAGGCUUCCCUUGUAGUUGUGCUUAAGCUGCGCGACUGAGCAACGUCCCGUAUGUCUAGUUAUGCUAAUCGUGAUAUAUUAUUUCUUGCUAGCGCGGGUCAUUCGCAACCUACGUUAAAGGGAAAGGACGAAGGAAUAUGCACAUGUUUCAUAAAUGUAAAAUUGGCCGACAGGUGGAGCCUUGGUCAAAUGCGUAGGAGCGAUUCAUCGCACGAAUGUGCGGGGCUGACGAAGGGCUGUGCGGCCAAACUCAGAUGGAGCCACUCGCGUUGCGAGGUUCUAUGUCUAUAUUCACAAAGCUUUUUCUUCGUAACCGCUGUUUACAAUUGGCUGGCCGCACUGGCUAAUAGUAUGUUCAACAUUAUGAUUGGCUGGAACGCGCUUUUACGAACAGCUUUAACGUAAGGGCCUGUUGUAAAACGGCUUGUUUUAUUUCUUUAACUUUUUUUACAAUGUCGGAAGUUUUGAUGACAAGAGAGGGCUCCACAAGUAACACGCCAAGACUACCCGCCAACGAUAAUGCACCGCACAAGUAAAGCUUCGUGUUAACCUUUCAUAUAACAUGGAAGUCGCGUAGCAUAUAUGCGACGUCUCUUGCUUUUUGAGAAAAAGAACAAAAGAACGCAGGCCCAUUGGCAUCCCGGGGCUCAUAUGAAUUAAGCCGACGAGAGCUAUCAUUAGUGCGUGAAAACUUGCUGCACAUUUCAUCUACGUGGCGUAAGGCCCAAGCUGUGAAGAUGUUUCAUGAAAUUUCUCCACUGUAUGUCUCAUCCCCAUCCUUGUGUACUUGCUUAUGUAUUUGUAUUUACACAAUGUCCUUGUGUAUUUGUUGUAAAAAUUGUCAAUAAAUGUCGUUUUUCUAGGCAA